GUACUGGUCAGCCAUAGACUUGUUUUGACUAAACACGUCAUAGCGUUGUAUUUAUCAGAGCAAGUACAUAUCUAUAUGAAUCUUAACUAUGUAUGUACACAUAACAAGUUUUUCUCAAUUACUCGAGCGGUGUUUUUAUGUAUAAUUACACCACACCACGUUUUCUUGAAUUUUCAAUUUUAAGAGUAUUUUAUUAGUCAACGUGUGUUAUUUUCAUCGUGAGUAGUUCAAUAUUUGUAUAGUUAUUCGAACAUAUAUAAUUAAAAUUCAAUAUUCAGUGGGUUGUAUUUAAAGUUUUGAUUUGAAAAAACGACCGGUUCGUUUUAAUUAAUCACUCAAAAAUAUCUAAUAAGACUAUUAAUAAAGUCAUGCAGAAGUCUUCAAAAGUUCAUCAAGACGACGAUAAAAAUAAUUCGGAGGUACAAAUCAUCGGUUUCUCGAAAAACACUAAUACCAAUGAACAAUUGGCUUCGAAACAAUCGAAUAUAGCAAGGCUUGGUUCUGCUGACAAUAAUCAACGGAGUAAUUUGCCAAAGAAUUUUAAGAGCAAGUUACCAACAAGUGCCACCAAGUCCAAAUCAUUGAAGACAUUACCAACUUCAAGCAGUAUGGAUUCUCAAGCUUUUAAUAAAGGUGAUAAAAUUUCGACUCCGGCAGCAUCCUCUACUGACAAUUUAAAAACUCGCUCAUCAAUUAAAACACAAAAUCAAGAAACAAAAGAGCCGACAGUUCAGUCUAAGGGGAGUAAAAAAGAUUUGUCUAAACACAAAAACAAACAUGAAGAUAAUUCAGAAAAAGAGCCAAAAACUCAAAAUGAAGCUGUAACUUCGAAUGUUAACGGUUCUAAUAACGAAUGCGAAAUAAUAAUAUCAGAGCAACCACAACAAAAAACAACAGAAGAAAAUUCGACGAAAGACAACAAUGAUGAUAAAGUAAAUUUGAUCGAAACACAGGAUAAUACAGACAAUCAGCUAACAACUGAAUGCAAAGGUGAAUUAAAGAAAAAUUCAAACGGCUAUGAAAUAAGCGAUGAUACAAAUGAUAAAUUGCAAGAAGACCAAUCCGUUACUGCGGUAAAUAAAAAUAUUGAAACGGUAGAAACAGAACGUAGUGCAGUGUCAAUUUCUACCAACACUGAAAAUUUACCUAGCAAUGAUAAUCAAUCACAGUUAGAUACUGUCGAAUCCACAACAUCAGAAUCGGUUCCAACAGAAAAAGAGCAGUCGAACAAGUUCGAAGAUAAUUUUCAAGCUAAAGAAGAUGAUGUAUCCUUCAUUUCCUAUAACUCGACUAUAAUGUUGAAAGACGUGCAAAUAAAACUGAAUGAUUGUCUUAAAGAUAAUUCAAAAUUAAUGGAUGUCACGGAUCCAAAUGCUUCGAUGUCAGAGUCGUUCAGGGACCUGUCAUUUGGUCGCACAUUGCGAAAAAUAUCUGGAAGGAAUUCCAUAGGACGUUUAAAGCAUGUAACUUUACGUCAACGUCAAAUGUCUCCUAAUGAUUCACUUUUUGUUAACACUUCAAAUGUGUCGUUCUCCCAUGAUCGUUCCACUUUUAUGUCUGAACUCUCAGAUUCUCCAGAUCCAAACAGUAGUCGAUUAAACAGAAAACGCAAGUUGACUGAAAAUGACCAUUCUGUGAAAAAAUUCAAAACUGAUCAAAAUUACAGUAUAUUGAAUACUUCACUUGAAUAUUUAAAAAAUCUCAGAAAACCUAUUCAAGUUUCUACACCCAAGGCGCAGGGAUACAAAUUCGAGUAUGAUAAGAAACCUAACAAUAGUGAUAGUACAACUGACAUUGCAGAAGAAGCUACUGAAACUAAAAAAUGGUGUCUCAUCAUGUGAGACAAAGUAUAUAUUAUUAAUAUAUAUAACAUCAUUUAUAAAAAUUUGUAAAAUUUUAAUGAAACUGAGAUAUUUUAAUAAUCGGUUUUAACGAUUAAUACAUUACUUAUAUUUUAUUUUUCAUUCAUACCUAAGUUUUCAUACAUAAUUAAAGUAGCUUCCUCAAAUCAGUAAUUGCAAUUAAUCUAAGAACUGAAAUAAAUAUACGAUUUUUAUAAUUGAUAUCAUAUGA